AUGUCCAAGUCGAAAGAGGUGUCGAAGGCUGCUAAGCCAGGCUUCCAUCCGAUGGCCACUUUGAGGACGUGGCUAUCGCGUCUGAACAUUGAGGAUGCUGGAGACGCCUCGCCUCCGAAUCUGAAAUGGUAUCUUCCACGAAGGCGGCGGGAAUCUCGAUCGCUCAUUCGUUUAUCUGAAUGGCCAGUUGCAAUCCCGACAGCAGCUUCUUCAUCUUCAGAUGAGGAGGACGAGUUCGACGUUUCGUAUGAUGAGCUUCGGCCAGUAUCUAGAGAAUCUACCAAGGUGCCCCUUGAUGACUUCUUCGAGGACCUCGUCUCCGUACCCGACGCUCUGAAUAACACGACCUCAAUAACGGGGGAUUUACGUUGCUCUGGUUCGGAAGGUAUUAGUGCGCGCGGAUAUGGAGCGUUUGUUCAAGCGGAGAGCUCUGAAUCUUUGCUGCUGGCUUGUCCCUUUCCGAAGUACGAUCCGUCUAGGUAUGGCCAGAGAAAGACCUGUCGAGGGGCGGCUUUCAGAACCACGCACCGGCUGAAAACCCACAAGCAAAAACCUAACUGUCCACGGUGCCAUGCUAUUUUCAAAACGAACACUGAGGUCGAAACUCACCUGAGAGAGAAAUCCACAUGUGAAGUCAGUCAAGGCGGCGGCCUGGUUGAGGGAUACGAUGCCGCUCAGGGCGAGCUGCUUAAGAGCAAGAAGCGCAGGAAAGGAGUCGAGACGGAGGAGGACAAGUGGAAGGAGAUUUUCAAAAUACUCUUCCCCGAUCGAAAAGAUGUACCGGAUCCUUUCUACAGGACACCUUUCGAUGAACCGAGUACGACAACGGGGACAUCGACAAAGGAACAAGACGAUGCCGAAAGCAUCUUCACGCAAGACAUACCAUCUAGUAUAGAAGAUGAAACAUACUCGGCUAUGGAGAGAGCUAUCGGGGGGGCCUUGGGUAAGCGCAAGCGGAGCAGGGUCCUGGACGUGUGCAAGGCUUUCGCGGUCAAGAUGAUUCGCCAGUCUACGCAACAGAUUGCCAGUCAAAGGGAGCCUAACCACGUCCCAAAGUCUAGUGAAGCAAGAAAGAUCAAUCAGGCCAAUCGUCAAUUCAAGAUUCGGAGCAACAAGCAGCCACUCAGGACAGCAAACAGUAGGCUGGACGAGAAACCUGACGAAGUCGGCGCGAUUCCUUCAGCAACACAGAUCAGACAGCCGUCAGAGCCGUUCAAGACUUCGGGUUUCUCGUCUGCGGGAGGAGAAGAUGAGUGGCUCUCCGUCCGUCCGAACCUGGAAAAUGUACCUGUAAACUUCGGCAACGACAACAUGUAUUGGCCUACGCCGGAAGCGACUUUCGCUAAUGUCAACGGGGAUUUGUGGUUGGAUCAGUUAUUGGGUAACGGUAGUACUCUUCCAGGACUUUUUGCCGAAGAACCGGACACGGCAUUGGAGAUGUUCUCUGGCACUGCUUUUGAGGGAGUUGAUCCUAAUCCCAGGUAG